AUGUCUCUUGCAGAUCUCAAAGUCGGCGGACUAUAUGUCAUUCUUCAAGCGCGUCAAGAACCACCCGAGCCCAAUGAGUUUUACUGGGGUCUAUAUCUCCACUCGGAUUCCGUUGGAGGGAUGGCAUACCAUGUCGUAGAUGCAGGAUCUGGCCUGAGACCUGAGCAUGAGUAUACUGGUGCAGUAUUCAGUACUCCCCUUCUUACGGGCCUAUUCCGAGUUGCCGAUAUCGCUCGCCCCUUGCAUCCAUUUGUCGACAGAGUAAUAAGAUCCUACGAUAGCAGCCUCAACUGCCCCGGAAGAAGCAGUAACAGCAAGUUCUGGGUUUUGAAUGUUCUUGCACUGCUGAUCCAACCCACAGCUACGGGAUGGCUCCCAGUGAAUUGUCAUAACUUGCCGAUCUUGGAGCAGGAAAUUCGCGAUUGGGGCAACCGAAUGUCUCAGGGGAGAUGUAUCUAUCAAAGACCCAAACCAGUUGGAUCUUCUACAAUUUGCGGCUUGCCAGAAUGGAAGACACAGCCAAUGGAAUAA